CUCCGGAGUGGAGGCUGAUUUUGUCUUUCCUCAGUUUAGCGAAGGGACCAGGAGUGAGCAUCUCCAACUUCUGUCCCCAUAAAAUAAACAAACAACGAAAUUCCUUCCAGGAGAGGUCCGCUCAUUUGAACGCAGGGGCGCUCUUCUCUUCUCUCCUCUGGAAGAGAUUGUGCGCGUCUGAACAUCUGGAUAUAGUCUAAGAAUCCCCUUAUUAAGAAUUUUGCAGGAGUUGGACGACCAGACACUGAAUUACUCGGUCGACGACCAGAGAACAAGUUGUUUGUUUUGACGGGGAGGAAGGCGAAAGAGAGGACGAACCAAAACUAAAGCGCGGACAGAGGAGAGGUGACCUGGCCGAAGCGAAAUGUUUGGCAUGAUCAAGAAUUCGCUCUUCGGAAACACCGAGGAGACGGAAUAUAAAUUGCUGAGCAGUGAGACGAAGGAUGGCGUUAGCUUUGAGGUGAGGCGAUAUGAUGCUUCCAAAUAUGCUGUAGUCUCCUCUGAAGGACGGACCUUCGACCAGGUGACAGGGGAGCUGGUGAGGAAGCUGCUCAUGUAUAUCGGCGGGAGCAAUGAGCCGGGUGAGGCGAUGGGUACAGCAGCUCCCAUCAUCAUCACUGUUUAUCCACGAAAUGACGGUGUUCUGUCUCGCCGUUUAGUGGUGGGAAUCCGCGUCCCCACCGCCUACCAGCAGAGCCCUCCAAACCCCAGUGACAGCUCCAUCAGAAUCGAGGAGCGGCCCGGCAUGACAGUCUACGCUCUGCAGUUUGGAGGUUUUGCAGGGGAGAGUGAGUACCGAGCAGAGGCCUUGCGUCUGACACGUACCCUGGGUGAGACGGCCCCCUUUCAGCGCAAGCAGUACUUCUGCUGUAGCUACGAUCCCAUCAAGCCUUAUGGACGCCGUAACGAGGUGUGGUUUCUUCAGGAUGAGCCGUAGGAGCCGUCACACGAUGAAACCUCAUUCAACCUUAAAUUUCCCUUUGUACCACCUCCAGUCCUGUAGCUCUGUUUUGAUCGGUAAGAGCAAUAUGGUGACUUCAUAGACCUUCCAACCCUCAUGGACGAAUAGAAAAAUGACCCAUGUUGCCUUUACCCAUCAGAUCUUCAUCUUGCCUCACAUACAUCGGCCACACUGGCAUUAGAUAUCAAGACUGGAGAUCAAUUGAGUUCAUCCUCCGUGCUGUAGCAUUUACCUCCUUCUCUAAUCACAGCUUCUAAUUUAAUCUCACCCCUUAUAACUCUGAAGAACAUGUGUUAAGCCUAAGUGUGAUCGAGGCAUCUGAUCAAAAUGUAGUGUUACGAAAUGGAAAUAUGCAACAUAUUUCAUCUGAAACAUUUGCAUCUGUGAACGCUGUUUGUAGGACUUUGCAGAUUGGAUUGUACUUCUGUAAACCAGAGAGAAAAUAGAUGUUAGAGAAACUGGAUCUGUGUUGCCAUCACAGGUCUACAGGUGUGAAAUGCAAAGUUUGAUCUACAAUAACUUCAAGAGAAUUACUUAUUUAUCCUUACAUGUAGAAAAUGUUCCUAUAGAAGUCUCAUGUCCCUAACGUACAUGGUAGGGCUUUGCACAUCUUUGAUCUAGUUUACAAUAUAGUGACAGCUACAGAGAAAUGUAUAGAAAUAACAUUAGGUACAUGGUAGUAAAAGCACACUUCCUUUUCCUGAGUUAGGAACUGGAAAGAAACAGGAGCUGAGCCAUAAAGUAGAUGUAGUCUUUAUGAAUUAAUGGGUGGACAACUGUGAGUGGGAACAUAUUUGGUCCUUAUCAGUGUUGUUAGAUUAGAAACUGUGCGGUGAUAAUGUGGAUCCUGGCUUUUGUGUGGAGGCAAUGUUUUGUGUUUUAGUGCAUGACAAUGCCAUCUUUAUUUAUUUAGACCCUUGGAAACUAGUGUUAUGUGAUACACCCAGUACAGUGUGAUUUUCUGUUGAGUGAAUAUAAUGUUGAGCUUUGAUAGUGUUUCAUAAAAGAAUAAAUAUGUUAUGCUGUUAAAAUGUGGAUAUCUUAUUUGUAUAACUUUGAAGGAUUAGUUAUCUUAAAGCCAUUAUUAUGUAGAAUGAUUAGGGAUUAGGGGUAGAAAAACUACCCGAGCUGAUAGUUUUACAACUACUGGUAUGAUGAUUUUUUUUAAAUUUUAAUCUAAUAGCUGGUAAAAACGGUGAACUUAGAAAUGUGCUCACUUGGUCCUAAAUCUGUGUCUGUGUAAUCAUCAAACUGAGUAACAGCCUGUCGCUAUGUAUCAUUUACAAUCCCACCAGUUCAAUGCAAAAACUCAGAGUACAUAUUGUUGAAAUCUUGCACUUCCUUGAAUUGAUUUAAUGUUAGCUUAAGACAUUUCAGUGAAAUUUUGCAAAGGAAUUAUUCUUAAAGUAGUAAUUUGUCUGUUCCAAAUAUCACUUUCAUUAAUCACUAUCAGCCCCAAAAACAUACUGGUUUAUCUGCUUUAGGAUUAAAUGUAAUGGCAGACAUAAAUACUUGGGCAAAGUACUAAAUGACAAUAUAAACAUCAAUUUAAGUAAAUGAUGGAAAGACUUAUUAAACUGCAUAAUUAAUUUAGUAAGUGUCAAUUAGACAAAAAUUAGAUCAACACUAAUAAGCAGAUGUAAAUCAACACACUAAAUCAACAGUUAUUAAGUGGUUGGAUCUUAGCCAUUAGUUGGUGAAAUGAAAGAUAAAAACAAAACAUUCAUUAAAUGACAUAUUUAUUAGAGUUUAAUUGAAGAAGGAAUAAGAAAUGCAAAAGAGAUAUUAUUAUAAAGACAUUUCAUUAAUUCAAGCAAACUAAAACCCAAAUCUAACAACCAUCUACCCACUGUGACUGUGUGCAAUUAGUUCUUCCAACAGGUGCAAACUGAUGCACAUUGAGGAGGGGGUGUAAUUACACGGCCCACUGGUGCCUCACCCCGCUUUAAUUAGGAAUAAAUGGUCAGGGUUCUGAAGUUUGAAGAGACGGCAAAACACUGAAGGAGCCUUAAUAUCAACACUGUGGCCUUGUAACCCCACACUGGAGUAAUUACACAAAGAGUGGAGUUCUGGUUUCAGCUCGGCUUUGCAUACAUGAAUACAAUAGAAGCUAGGAGUGGAGCCACUCGGGUCACCUUGGCGCGCCACCUACAACCUUGUUAAAUGAGGUUAAAAUAUUGCACGUACGUAGACUCAUUAUGUAAGAAAUCUAUCUUUUUCCCUCUUUCAACACUACACUCCUCCUUUUGACAGUAAAUGCCCUGACAUAUCUGUUAAAAUGGGCUGAAUACUGUGAACUUUGGGUUUUACAAUGAAUGGAAUUAUUAAUUAACAGUAACUGAUGAAUAGUACAGAAAUUAUAUUGGUCUGAGC